GGGCUCGCAGACUGUACCUUUCGGACCUCCUCGUCCGGUCGAAGGACCCCAGCCGACUCUCCCAACAGCGGUCUUGGAGCGCGUCAAGGCGUGUGUGGCUGCCACGGGCGACACUGCCUCCCGCUUCGAUCGCCUCAAGAUGGGCGACAGCGGGCCAAUCUACGUCUUCCGGGUGGCCGGCCCGCGUGGCUGCCCGUACGGCAACCACCACGACGGCCAUAACAACUUCAGCGUGCUCGUGCGCAAGAGGGACUUGCUCUAUUGUUGCAACAGCUCGGAGUGCCAGGGGGUCCGCCCCCUGCUCAAGAUCGGGGAGCUCACGCGCUCGGAGGCGGUGACUGGAGGCGAGACUCGGGCUUUCAGCGCCGAUGACGUCAGCGCGAUCAACGGCCUUCAUAAGACAUUCGUGGACGCCUGGGCCUUCGAGGGAGACGUGGGCGGCAGCAAGAUCGUCGCCGAGAUGUACGCAAGCUGCAGCAGGCUGCGUUUCGAUGGAGAAAGCUGGUGGUAUUGGAAUGGAAGGCGCUUCGUGCGCGACGAGAAGAGCGCCUUCUAUGUGAAGAACGUGCUCAUCAAUCAGCUCAGGACCGUCUACGCGCGGGUGAGGGACGAGUGGAAGGCAUCUAUCGAGAGGACCACCGACGAGAAGGAGCAAGAGGCGUUGACGGAGCAGCUCAAGCGUCUGCGCACCUACAACAACAGCCGAGAGAUCACCAGUACGCUGGAACUCCUCCGCGGGGAGUUGGUCGAUUUCGUCUUUGCUCAGCAGCUGGAUGCAGAUCCGGACAUCUUGAACGUGAAAAAUGGAGUGCUCCUUCUGAGGACUGGCGAGCUCGAUGUGCACCGGCCCCAGUACUUCUGCUCCAAGAUCACGGAGACGGACUUCAUGGGGAUGGAGUACCCCACUCCGCGCAUGGACGCCUUUAUAGGCGACAUCUUCAACCACGACGCUGAGCUGGUCGACUACGUACGGAAGCUGUUCGGCUACGCCCUCAACGGCCAUACGCGGGAGGAGGUCUUUGUGCUCUUGCUCGGAAAGGGAGGAAAUGGAAAGGGUGCCCUGAAGGAGAUGUUGCAAGCUGUGGCCGGCGAUUACUAUGGCACCAUGUCCAAGGACGCGGUCGUUACGGCACCUGGCCAGAGGGCCCCCUCUAAGAACGCGCCUACAAACUACCUUUACGAGUU